AGCCCCGACCCUCCCGGUAGUCACAGAAGUCAAGUUUGACAAGGUUUCAGUUUAAUUAGUGGAUGAAAUUUUCUUAAUAUAACAGAGCCUCGGGAAACAUAUAGGAUUACUUUUUAACGGUAACAUCCUGACACGUGAACAUUAUGAAAAUUAGUUAACAAGAUUAGUAUCGUUACUGAACGCUUUUUCGCACUGGACUGCAGAUCGAUUCAACUAUUUUUGCUAAUAGCAGCAAUCUAAAGCAAUGCUAAACAUCAAAAGCGUACAGUGGCGUCAGCUGUAGGGGGAAAACACCUGGUUUGAUCGACAGGUAACUUGGUCGUGAAAUCUGAACCGCCAUGCCCGUGGAGGAGAAACCUGACGCACGUUUGCGCUCCGGAAGAAUGAACUUAGGCCGGCACCUUAUAAGUUUUGGCGUUAACCCUGCAGCUGUGGCUUAUGCCAUGACUACACUCGGGUCUUGCAUGAUAAACAAUAUAUUCAGCUUCUACUAUGUCAAACUGUUUAUCAAUAAGUACAAGAUAUCAGAGGGCGCUUUCCACCAAUCACAGGUGGUGUACAUGAUGUGGAAUGCACUCAAUGACCCUCUCUUUGGCUACCUACAAGAUAACUCCAGGUUGUCCUGCUGCUCUCAGAGACGUCUCUCCAUCCUGUAUGGUGCUCCCCUCUACUCGCUCACUUUUCUUCUAGCCUGGUUCCCUUGGCGGGCCUACACCCCUGGUGACUGGUUGAGCGGCUUACACUUGACAGUUGCACUGUGUGCUUUUGAUGGCUUGCUCACUUUUGUGCUGCUGGCACAAUGUGCAUUGUUUGCAGAGAUAUCUAGUCACCAUCAGAGCCGACUCAGACUUGUGAAGUACAGCCAGGUGGCUUCUCUCAUUGGCUCCUCCAGUGUUCUCUUCUGUGGUAUGGUGUCCAGAAACAUGGAGGACUUUACAGCCUUCCAAGCCUUCACAGUGCUGACCGCUGUCAUAAGCUGCGGAUGCAUGCUCUAUACGGGCUUCCACAGUGAGAGCCGCUUUGAUAACAAAGUGUCUGCAUUGAAUGAACAGUUCUCUGUUGACAAGGCUUCUGAUCAGUCAGUGUUUUCGUUCUCCACGUUAAGAACUUUGAUGUGGCAAAUCCUGACCAACAAGGAUUUCCAGAUGUUUGUGCUUAUGAACUUCUUCCAAGUGUUCAUGUUGGCAUUUCUCAAUAAUUUUACCAUGAUAUUUGCUGAGCACCUGAUUCCUCCAGAUGUGCUUCCAUCACUGGCAAAAAGCAUCAUGUAUGGAGCAGGAUUCAUCUGUCCACAGCUGUUAGUAUUGAGCUGUCAGAGCCUCCUCCGUGGCCUUGGCUACUACAGGAUCAUCCUCUUCACCUUCUAUAUGGAGGCUGGGAUGGCAGUUGUGAUGCUGGCACUCGGUUCUCAGCACUACUAUAUCCUGGCAUUUUUCCUCACUGUUAACAUGGUCAUUGUCCAAGCAGCCUUCAGUCUUUUUGGUUUGCCUUUGGCUGACAUCAUUGACACAGACCUGCAUAUGUACAAACGCAGUUCCCCUCUCUCCUCCAUGGUGUUUGGGACGAAUGCUCUGUUCACCAAGCCGGCUCAGUCCCUGGCCCCUAUGAUAGUGCUUUACAUUCUCAACCAGUUUGGAUAUGAACAGCUGAAGGACACAGGGAGGGAUUCAAAUCCAAGCGCCCUGGAGAGUCUCCACAACAUCAUGUUCUACUUGGUGUGUCUGGUGCCCAUGUGUGUCGCUGUUGUGCAGGCCCUGGCUUGGAGGCUGUUUUCCAUACGCAGCAGUCACACUGUUGACACAAAGUACAUUGAUGGCUAACAUCAAGAUUUUAAAUAUUCAAAGGGAUUUCUUGAAAUGAGAGCUUGUUUAUUGCUAAGUAAGAGAUUGUGUGAACAAUGUUUCACUUACUGGAUAUUUGGGAGAAUUUUGGGUUUUACUGAUGCUGGUUAAGUGGUGAACGACUUUAAGUCCUCUUGGUGAGCUCAUAGGUGACUUGCUCUAACUGUCUUUAUCUUUUUCAAAAAUAAUAACUGGAUAGCUGGACCAAAUAUGGCAGGGAUCGUGAUACUUUGUUAAAUGUCAGACACUUUGUCCAGUCAGUGACCUCAGUGGGUAAUUAGCAGGAACAUACUGUGUGAUGGACACUGCGUGAAACAAAGGACCAAGUCCUCAGGAGGCAUGUGAAGACUGUCCUUGUCUAAACUGAAAGUAAAUUAGAAAGUUACUACAGGAGGUUUUGAGCAGCAUCCUAAAACAUCAACUGAUACAGAAGUGAUACAUACUGACAGUGGUAAUGAGGGAACAUCCAAUUUAAAUAAAACAUGAUGCCAACAUGGCGUGCAGCUUUGGCAGCUAAAGGUCAGAACUCUUGAGCUAAGACAGGUCAAGUAGAUGAGCCUGAACUGAAGAUUAAUGAAUACUUACUGUAGACUCACUACCUCUUAUGUCUGAGCACACAAGCCAGAAAAAAAAAUGAAAUAAACGAUGAAUUUUAAUUUUUUUCACUGAAGAACA